AUGGAACCCAAAGUCAUUGAGAUGGCAGCUCUUGGAAGGGCCCUGCAUCCUGGCAUGUUGUAUGACUGCCGCAGUGAUUCAUUUAUUCCAGGUGUUACUCUGUGGGAUAAAGCAUCAUUAGAUAAGGAUCUGGAUGUGCGUCGACAGCCCAAGUCUGAUUUGAAAUUCCUUUCCUCUGACACUCUUUAUGAUAAGGCCAGCCUCAUAGAUGUGAGCGCCUCACUUAAGGCCAGCUUCCUGGGUGGUUUGAUUGAAGUUGGUGGCUCAGCCAGAUAUAUGAAUGACAAAAAGACCUCAGCACGUCAGUCCCGGGUUACUAUGUACUAUGGUCAGACUACGAAAUUCGCACAACUUACCAUGACCCAGCUGGGCAAAAUAACCUACCCUGCAGUGUUUGAUGACAAGACGGCAACUCAUGUUGUCACAGCUGUACUAUAUGGAGCUCAAGCUUUCAUGGUAUUCGAUCAAACCGCUGCAUCAAAUGAAAGCGUACAGGAAAUUGAAGGCAAACUUAAUGUAAUGGUCAAAAAGAUUCCUGGAUUUUGCAUUGAGGGAAGUGGAACACUGAAGAUGACAGAGCAAGAAAAACAAAUGGCUACUAGUAUAAACUGCACUUUUUAUGGUGAUUAUCAGACUGAUACAAAUCCCACCACGUACAUGGAAGCACUGCAGCUGUACACAAAAUUACCCUCUAUUUUAAGGCAAAGAGAAAACGAUGCUGUACCAAUGAGAGUCUGGCUCUAUCCUCUUGCACGUUUGGACAAUAGAGCAGCUAGGCUGGAGAGAGAAAUUGGUGAGACACUGAUCUCUAAAUCAGAAGCUUUACUGGAGAAGAUUGGAGAGGCAGAUGUAAUGUGCAAUGACUUAAUUGCAAACACAACAGGUAAUGAUUUCCCAGAUGUGAAACAAAGGCUGAAGACAUUUCAGGAAUCACUUAGGCUUUACAAGGGAAUGUUUCUAAAAGCCCUCAGCAAAUUUGUUCCUAUGAUUCGGGGAGGAAAGGAGACAGAACAAGCACUGGCAAACCUCCUAUCCAUCAAUGACAAGUCACCGUUUACAGAAAGCACAGUCAGUACAUGGUUAGAGAACAGUCAGAGUGAACUGAAUCUGCUGUAUUUCUAUACCCAGCAACUAAGUGCCAUUGAAAUAAUGAAAUCUUCAGGCAAGUUGACCAAUGUUCUUAUUGAUCCUAAUGUUGACACUGUGCUAUGCUUUACUUUCACCUCUCUGAAGAAUGUAGAUCCAUAUCUGUCCACAGUAAAAGAUUACCUCAAGCCAGAUCAGUUUGAAAAACUGACUCCAGUUCCAAAGUCAAGUGCUGAUGACAUUCAGUUCUGGUUCAGCAAUUAUGACACUGCUGAAAGCAUGAAAGAAAAUCUUGUUCUUUUCAAAAGCUGUUUUGAGUUGAAUAAGAAUAAGAAGCAAAUCAAGUUUAUCAUUGCCUCAGUCUCAGACGCCUCUUAUCCUGGAACCUCUAUACGCUUAUACAAAAAAGGGAAACUGGUAGACAGCAAGUUUAAGCCUGUGUCCAAACCUCCUGCACUCCAAGUAGAGAUCCAAGGUGUAAAUGCGAUCCUUAAGCUUCAAAAGAGUCCAACUGGAUCAACAUUGCGUUACAGAGUGGAGUACAGAACAACACAAGAUACAGGAGCUGAUCCUGAAGGAUGGAAAGUCGUGGAAACUACAGAUGCUUCAGCAACAUACACUUUGACUGGACUGGAUAUUUCAAACCAAUACUGGGUCCGAUACAGAGCUGUUGAUGAUGUGGGAAUGAGUGAAGCAAGUGACACUCUUGCCUUCUCUCUCAGAGGGAAGCUCAAUGUUGUUCCAGUGGGCCAGUCAGCGGACUGGAUCGCUGGUUCUGUUUGUAGUGAACUAAGAAAGAAAUUAUUGACUAAGAUGAGCAUCUCUCGGUGGAGUCUUUCAACUAUUCAGGCAGAGGUUACAACCAUUGCAAGCAAUGUUAGCGGAACAUAUGCGACUGCAAUUCCUGGAGGUCUGAAACAAGGAAUGGCUUUGUACUUCCAAGGGGAUGUUCCUGUCAAUUCAAAAGACUUCUCAAUAAAUCAUAAACUUGGACAAAAUCCUAAUGAUGACAACGCUUUUCACCUAAACCCCCGCAUAACUGUUUCAAUGGUCCGUGACAGUUGCAGAAGAGGGUAUUGGGAGGGACCACAAGAAACACCAGGGUGUCCUAUAUUACCAGGAUCUGCAUUUGAUAUUUUUACUGUGGCUAAAACAGAAGGCUUUGAGCACCGCUUUCCAGUGGAGAGCAUUAAUAGCAUUGCCCUCUAUGGAAAUGUCAAUAUGAACACCAUUGGUCUUAUUUCGAACUGGAGCAAAUCUACUUUUGCUAAGGAACUCAGUCCUGGUGCCUCCCGCCAGAAAACUUCUAACAUCCAGUCUGACAUAAACUAUCCAGUUUGCAGCCCAGUAAUUGUGAAUGGUAUGCCUUUCUGGACGUUUAAACACCGUUUACCAGUGGAAAGCGCGGCUACACUUUUCACAAAUGAUGUCUUCAUGAACUACUUUGGCAUUGUUGAAGUGCUGCUUAGCAUACCUGCCCAAAUUUAA